CAGAGUUGCAGUAGAUUCCUCUGUUAAUGUUGUGUGGCGAGAAGCAGCUUCAUCAAGCAAGAACCAUGAAGAUCAUGCUGCUUCAGCUCUAUGUAUUAACAUGUUGUCAGUAUGCAGUGACAGAUCUAAUAACUGAUCUUGGAUCAAAUGUGACCAUAAACUGUGAUCUUGAUGAAGAUGAGGUUUAUUGGAUUUUACUGAAAACAGCAGAUCCUCCAACAGUCAUCCUACGUUCAUUCUCAACACAAACAAAAUCCCCUUUCUACCAUAAUAAAACCUUCAGAAAGAAUUAUUCAGUGCAGUCUAAACAUCGUCUGGUUAUUAAUAAUGUGACUGCUGAUGAAUUAGGAGUUUAUUACUGUAUGAACACAGAAACACCUCCAAAACUCAGCAACAGCACCAGAAUAUACUUCAAAGAGCCAGUUCAAAUAUCUAAGUGUCUGGAUCAUACACACUGGCAGAUUAUCAUCAUAAUAUCUGGUCUGAUGAAUGGGCUUCUGAUCAUGGUAGUGAUCGGACUGGUAAAGGUUUUUGUUGUUGGGAACAGAAGGUCUCCAGAACAACUUAACACUGAUCUACAAUUACAGUACGCUGAGGUGGAUUUUUCCAAGCUGCGUAGAAAUAUUCGAUCCAGCCAAAUCAACAGCACCUAUGCUGCUCUACAGCUGCCGAAGUCAUGAACACAUGAAUAUAAUGGAAAAAGAUCAGAGAAAAUAGUCAAAUAAAAAAUAAAAAUCUUAUUUUAAAAAGAAUCGAAAAGGGUUAAAAAGUAAACAGCAUCAGCUAAAUGGCAAAA